AUGAAUCGGCGUUUCUUACGUCUUACGUCUUACGUGAAGCUUUUAGGACAAGGAGUUCUGUCGACCGAUGGACACGUCAUCUUGCGAGAAGUGUGUGAGCGGGAUGUUGCCGCCGAGCGGAAAUCGCAAGUUUCGCAGCAUCUCAAUGGAGCGAAGCAUAAGUCGCUAUUGAACAAGAAGGAGCAGUCAAGUUCAACCAGUCUGAUCCAGAUCGGUUCUUUCCUAGAAGUUUCUGGAAAGAAGUCGCAGUUCAGGCUCGACCUCUGCGAAGCCUUCGUUUCCGCCGGUAUCCCAUUCUGGAAAUUAGAGAAUUCGAAACUGACAGAUUCCCUCGGGAAAUCUUGUUCCGAACAGAUACCGUCGUCAUUGACCCCCCGCAAAAAGUAUCUUCAAAGCGUCUUCGAGCACAAACUGAAUAACAUUCGGGAGUAUAUCGCAGAAGAACCGAUUUGGCUCUCCAUGGACGAAAGCACGGACGUGACCGGACGUUUUGUAGCUCACACGGUUGUGGGCACGCUCGAAACGUCAGGAACGAAAAGUUUUCUGCUCCAUGCAGAAACUCUAGGGAAAAGCAAUAGUUCAACAAUUGCUCAACACAUGUUGAAUUCGCUUGCGAUACUCUGGCCCGAUGGGAUUCGACACGACAAAGUGCUUCUCCUAGUCACAGACGGUGCUGCCUAUAUGAAGAAGGUAGUUGCCAACGGAAAGAAAGUUUUCCGGAAAUCGGCGGCGAGGGUCAACCUAUUCCGUGAAAUCGCACCCGGUACGACUUUGCCACCCCAGCCUAUUCUCACUCGAUGGGGAACCUGGAUAGAAGCAGCCAUCUACUAUUCUGCGAACUUUGUUGCGUUCUCGUCGGUAGUAGCAGCUCUAGAUGAAAACGACGCCUCCAGCAUCCGUGUUUUCAAGGAUCUGCUGGAAAGCGCGAAUCUCAGGGAGAACUUAGCUUUCAUUGAAGCUCACUUUGGUAUUCUGCCGAGAUGCAUCGAGAUGCUUGAGGGAAAGGAAGCGCUACUCGUGGAUAGCACCGACAUCUUCAAGAAAACUCUUCUAGAUCUCCGCAGAACCCCCGGAACCGUCGGCGGAAAGAUCCGCAGGAAGUGCGACCUCGUUCUAACCAACAAUCCCGACUUUCAUCGCCUGGACAAGGUGACAGAUAUACUCCGCGGAAACCCGUCCGAGGGGAGCAUCGACGAAUACUCGCCGUCGGAGCUUGCGUCGCUAAAAUUCGCUCCUAUAACGUCAGUCGACGUAGAGAGGACUUUCUCGAUCUUGAAACAUACCUUAAGCGAUCGGAGGCAGACUCUCACGUUCGACCAUUUAAAGCAACACCUUAUUGUGUACAGUAAUCCGUGA